ACAAUCCAGACAGACUCAUUUUUUCUUGGCUUGAACCGAACAGAGGAUCCCAUCCAGGGCCAUGUCCAACAAAGAUAUCCUGCCCAUAUACCCUUCGCGGGCCAACUCCGUACUGAUGAAGCUGCGCGUCCAGGCCGGGCAGCGCGGCAUCAGUCUGCUGAAGCGGAAGCGGGACGCCAUCGACCUGAAGCUGCGCGAGCUGCGCCGCAGCAUGCACGCCAAGGAGAACCAGGUGGACGACCAAAUGCGGGCGGCCAUCUUCUCGCUGGCCAAGGCCAAUCUACUGGGCACGGACUUCAAGCCGGUGAUCGUGGCGGACAACAAGAGGGCCACGGCCGUGUUGCGCAAGACCCAGCAGAAGAUCGUGGGCGUGCCGCUCAACUACUUCGAGCUGGAGGCUGAGGAGCGAGGUGCCUUCCCGCUGGCUGGCCUCAGCUGCGGCGGAGUCCAGGUGCAGAAGGUGCGGACGCUGUACCUCGCUGCCCUCAAGGACUUGGUGGCGUAUUGCUCCCUGGACUACAUGGUGCGGAUGCUGGCAGCAGCCUCGCGGCAAACUAACAUGCGGGUGAACGCUCUGGAACACGUGGUGAUCCCACAGCUGGUCCGGACCUACAACUACAUCUGCGCCGAGCUGGAGGAGUUCGAGCGGGAGGACUUUUACCGCCUGAAGCGCUCCCAGGCGAAGCAGCUGGAGGCCAAAAUCGCCUUCACAGAGCUGAUCAAGACCAAAAACAUGACGCCGGAGGAGCUUGAGAUUUAUCUUAAGAAAGGCGUCUAUGUCCACCCAGUGGCCGAUACGCACUUCGACCUGGACGACUUUGACGCGGAGGCGGUCAGAGACCGGCAGCGCCAGGCGCGACUGGAGAGGCACGAGAGGCGGCAGAGGGAGCGCCAGGAAGCCGAGAACCGGGGCGAGACGCUAGUUUCCACUUUCAGCUCCUUCGUCACCACCCACAGCAUUGUGAACUUCCUGCAAAGAAUAUCGCACCCGCAACACCGGGAUUCGGAGGGACACUCCAACUCGGUGGAUAAAACCGAGCGACUGCUUCGAUCAAGUCUACGCCAAAAAAGAGCUGAAUAAAUUUCCCGUUUAACCCAA